UUCCGAUGAUAAGGGAAGUUCGAACGUCCAUUAUACUUCGGAUUCUGAUUUCUUUGGGCUUUCUGCCCUCUCGCAGAGGCCACCAGAAGGGCGUGUUCGUGUAUUGGGGGGGGGGGGGGGGAGGAACACAGUGGGAGGAUCCAAAAGAACUCGGCGCCACAGCCAUUUUGUUUGUGGGCAGCAUGGUCGAAUUCUGUCAGUCAGUAUGAGGAGGGGUUUUUAAAUAGUCUUUGUGGAAGAAUGAUGCCUUUACAAAGGAUGUUUCUGUUGAAAUGAAUAUCCUUAAGUCUCUAUGACGGUUUACUCGAAUCCUCCCCACCUCGCCAGAUAUGGAGAAAAAACCUUCGGAAGCGGCUGCCGACCAUGGGAAGGAGAUUCUAUUUUCAUUUGCAAAGAUUUUUAAAGAUGUUGGAUAAUUCUUUCGCUGCCUGGAGCUGGUUGAUUGCAAGUGAGAAACUAUACACAGACUGCUUCGUUCCAGUCGGGAAAAGGCAGCUGGCUGCUUCCUUUCGAGAGUUGACGACAUAUAAACCCAAUAAAUAAAUAAAUGGAGGCCAAUGAACAUCAGACAAUAAAUUUCUUCCUUCUGUGUGCAGAUUUGACAUUUAGCCCCUUGUUUGUGGAUUGAUCUUACCAUUUCAUGUAACAAUUUGAGGAACAUCAUCUCCAGCGGGCUAUUUCAGCACAGCAAGUAUAUGGAGAGAAACGGGAUAAUAUGGUUAUACCAGUCCCAGAAGCAGAAAGUAAUAUUGCCUAUUAUGAAUCAAUAUACCCUGGAGAAUUUAAAAUGCCAAAGCAGCUUAUUCACAUACAGCCUUUUAGUUUGGAUGCUGAGCAACCGGAUUAUGAUUUGGAUUCAGAAGAUGAGGCCUUUGUGAAUAAGCUGAAGAAAAAAAUAGAUAUUUCUCCUUUGCAAUUUGAAGAAAUGAUAGAUCGACUUGAAAAAGGAAGUGGUCAACAGCCAGUCAGCCUGCAGGAAGCCAAACUACUCCUGAAGGAAGAUGAUGAAUUGAUUAGAGAAGUAUAUGAAUAUUGGAUUAAAAAGAGAAAAAACUGCCGAGGCCCCUCUCUUAUCUCAGCAGUGAAACAGGAGAAACGUGAUGGGUCCAGCACAAAUGAUCCUUAUGUUGCAUUUAGAAGACGAACAGAAAAGAUGCAGACUCGAAAAAAUCGAAAGAAUGAUGAAACUUCUUAUGAAAAAAUGCUUAAACUGAGGCGGGAUCUGAGUCGUGCAGUAACAAUUCUAGAGAUGAUAAAGAGAAGAGAAAAAAGCAAGAGAGAGUUGCUGCAUUUAACGUUGGAAAUUGUGGAAAAGAGAUAUAAGUUGGGUGAUUAUAAUGGAGAGAUCAUGUCUGAAAUAAUGGUACAUCGACAGCCUAUGAAGCCUACUUAUACUAUUCCUGUUGGAAUAGUUCCUAAUAGCACUCAAUUUAAACAUCAGGAAAAUAUGGAAAUGAAGGAAUUUAAAAUAAACAAGCAAGAGAAAGCUGAUGCUAUACGGCCGAAGAGAAAAUACGAGAAGAAGCCCAAAAUUGUACCUUCAUCUGCUGCUAUUGCUUCUCAGCAGACAAUUCCUGCUCCACUGCCAAUCUUUAAUGCUAAAGAUAUGAAUCAGUACGACUUUCCCAGCUCUGAUGAAGAUCCUCUUUCUCAAAUCUUUUCUGGCUCUUCUGAAGCUGAGGAAGAAAAUGAUCCUGAUGGGCCAUUUGCUUUCCGUAGGAAAACAGAUUGUCAGUAUUACGCUCCUCAUUUAGACCAAACUGGUGACUGGCCUUGGAAUACUCCUAAAGGGAGAACAUUAGGAGAUGAGCGUUAUAGAUAUUGCUUGACCACCCUUACUAGGCCGCAAAAGUGCAUUGGGUUUUCACGUAGACGGGUUGGACGUGGUGGAAGGGUGCUCCUGGACCGAGCAUAUUCAGAGAACAACAGUGCAUUUUGUCAGCUGGAUUCAGAAACACCUUCCUCACAACUACACUCUUCAGUCAAUCAAAUUGUCAAUACCUCAGAAACAAAUACCUCGGACAGAUAUUUAUCUAAAGACCUCAGUCAGAUACUAGUUGAUAUCAAAUCACGUAAAUGGCGUCAUUUUAGGCCUCGGACACCAUCCCUACAUGACAGUGACAAUGAUGAACUUUCAUAUAGGAAAUUGCACAGAAGUGUUAAUCGAGCAGGCACAGCACAACCUGGUACCCAGACAUGCAGUACCUCUAUUCAAAGUAAAGAUAGCAGUGGUGCAGCACACUUUGCAUUUACAGCCGAACAAUACCAGCAUCAUCAACAACAAGUGGCACUAAUGCAGAAGCAGCAGCUUGCACAAAUUCAUCAACAGCAAGCAAAUAGUAAUUCUUCUGCGAACGCUUCACAGGGUUUUGGUUCCAAGACGUUGGAUUCUGUCAGUGCUCAGUUUGCUGCUUCAGCCUUGGUUACAUCAGAGCAGCUCAUGGGAUUCAAAAUGAAGGAUGAUGUGGUGCUUGGAAUUGGAAUGAAUGGCGUCCUUCAAGCCUCAGGAGUAUAUAAGGGCUUACACUUCAGUAAUACUACGCCUACAGCACUUAUACAUACAAGCUCAUCAACAGCAGGUUCAGCCUUGUUACAGCCUUCAAAUAUAACACAGACUUCAAGUUCCCACAGUGCACUGAGUCACCAAGUAACUGCUGCCAAUUCUGCAACAACUCAGGUUCUGUUUGGGAACAACAUUAGAUUAACUGUACCCUCAUCUGUUGGCACUGCAAACUCUAUUAAUACGCUCAAUGCACGGCACAUACCUAGGACUCUAAGUGCUGUUCCAUCAUCUGCCUUAAAGCUGGCUGCAGCAAACUGUCAGGUGCCCAAGGUGCCAGCCUCAUCCUCUCUGGAUACAUUACCAAGGGAAAACCAUGAAACAGAAAAGUCAGCACUGAACAAUAUAGCAGACAAUACAGUAGCAAUGGAGGUGACGUAGUUUCUGUAGUAACGAAACUUCAGUCUUCGGGAACUUGUUUAGGUGCUAUGCAUCAGUAGCAAUUUGAAUGCAAGGGAUGAUGAAAUGCAGCACAUUGUAUUUCCAUGGCAGCUGUAGGGACUUGACAGCAAUGCACAUCUCUCAUGCUUUGGUUUUUCUAUUCUUACUGUUAAUAGGAGGAAAAUCAAUACCUGUAAAUUAAGACAACAGCAAUUAUCUGUACAGUACUGUGUAUUUGUAAUACCCUUGUAUAUAUGUUACUUGAAUACAGAACCGUUCAUUUGUGAUGCUUUGCACUUGGGAGGGGGGGAGGGAGAAUUGCAACAAAGUAAGAGUGUAAGAAGUGAAAUUGUAUAAAGAUGAAGUGUCAUGACAUCAUGUGCAUGGUGCGGAACCUGCUGUUUUAUCUAUUUAUUGUGCUGUGUUUACAGUUUUUGUACACUGUACCUUCAUUGGUUCCUGUGCUGUAGUAAAUGUGUUAGGUAGCUGUGGACUCCUUGGUAUUUUGUAAAUGAUAUUAACAUAACUUGGUUCCCCCUCUGGGUCCUUGAGUUUUUUGUGUAUCAUGUGAAAACUGGUGACAUACUUAUAGAAUUUUUUAAAAGGCAUCAGUUUAAAAAUGGGGAAUGUACUACUAAAUAUGAUCUUCCUGUUUUAAAAUCACAAGGCAAGUAACAAGCUAAAAAUGAAGUCUCAUGGAUUCUAUUCAACUGACUAGCUCACAAGCAUGUGUGCAGUUUCUGGUACUUAAAGCACUAAAGUUAUGUUGCUGCUCUUCAUAUAGUCCCUUCUGUUGUCCCAUUUUCUUAUGCACCAAAAUAGUGGUGUCAAAUCAAGUAUGCAAAUGGAGUCCUUACAACUGGAGUUUUAUGUUGUCUUGCCAUUCUUUUGAUCACAAAUUAUAUUUUUUUAUUGUGUAAUUGUUAUUAAAGACUUCAUUCUUGUUCUUUUUUGGGGGGAAAGCUAAAAGGGAAAAGAAUGCAGUAAUUGCUGUACGUGUCUCAUCAUUCCAAUUUCUGAAAACAGCCAGCUUUCCUUCCUCGGCCCUUUUUCUUUUAAUAUUCUCCAAAAGGCUGAAAGACCAGAACCACAACUCUCGGGUGCCUUGGAAAUAUUUGCUUUCUCUUCUGUGAAGAGAAUGGUUCUUAGGACUCUACUACUAGUGCUUUCUCAGUACCAGUCUGAAUGCCCAUUCUGAUGGCAUACAUUAUCCUUAAGGUUUUUAAUUCCACCUGGAAUUGUGAUAGAACUCUCACAAAAUAAACCCAGGGCAUUACAUGUUGACAGAGAAAGUGUGUGGUGUGUUAUACUAAUUUCAUUUUAUGGAUUUAUUUAUUCUGAGAGAAUGUGAUCCAAAACAGCUGAGCAUGCUUGUUUUAAAAUUAAAAUAUUUUAAAAGUAAUGCAGUAAAUGAAUUAAUGGGGCUCACUGAUUAGUGGCUUCUACUAUCCAUAGAGACUGUUGAGAGUUGUUGAACAAAAUAAAAUGGGGCAAAGAACUUCGCUUCGAAGUGGAGUGAAGCAUUGGGUGAAUAAUGCCUGCUACAAGAAGCCAAAGCAGAAAGAGAUAUUGUAUAUGCUCUUGCAAAAAUUUCCAGAAUCUUUCAAAGUUCACGUUCACAAAAACAUAAAAAUAAAGUUACAGAUCAUUGCAGAGAGAAAUAUCUCAGAUGGACUAUGGUUUCCAUAAAAAAUAAGGUUUCACUGAACAAUUAUUCAGCGCAAAAUAAUGAAAAUUUCUGAUUAAAAAUCCAUUUCAAGCUUUUCAGGCAGAAUACAUAAUCCUUUACAUUAUUAAUUUGCUUUUAUCUGCCUAGUAAUUAUAUCUGAGAAUAUAGACGUAAAUUAUGAUUUGGGGGAGGUCUGGAGGAAAGCAGUAUUUUCUGGAAUUAGAGGGAUUCUAACAAUUAUUGGCUCUGGGAACUCCAGCAUUU